UCCAUCUCUUAGGCAACGGAAUGAGCCAGGCAGUGCUAUGGGUAGAGGCAGCUGUCAGGGAGCACCAAGCAACUACUGGCUGCAUGGGGUGACAGAGGACAGAGCAGUUCUGGAGUGCAGGGCAGACUCUGCCAGAACACCUUUGUGCCACCAUGACUUCUCAAGAUUUAAAAGAAGAGGUGGCGAAAAUGGGGGAAAAACUUCUGAUCAAAUUAAAGCAAAUCCCUCAGGCAGACACUGUGGAAAUUAUUUCAUUCACAAUCAUAAUUGUUUUUAUUGCUGCAGUGUUGGUGAUCACAAGCGUAGCAUGUUCUGGCUGUUGCUGCACCAAUAAUAAGCACCGUGCUGUUCGGGUUCAGCCAAAAGGCGAGGUGUGAAAUCAAACAAGGAGCCUAUUUUCCGAGUGCCUUACUUUACCACUUGGAUCAACCAAAUGCAGUGAAAAAAAUUUAAUUUCAAGAUUACAUAGAAUGAAACACUGGACUUUCUUUUAUUAGACAACUGUGCCACGACUGCAACUACGUACUAUCAUAUAUACUAACAUAGAUCUGAGAAGAAAUGCGAGCCAAAGACACUAAAACACAACACAAGCCACCUACUGAUACCAAAGACCCCUCCAUGAUUCCGAAGAUGUCAUUCUUCUGGCUUCUCAGGGAAAAUACAUAUAACCAUCUAUCACCUAUG